GAAAUUGGUUGAAGGGAUCUUUGGUUGAAGGUAGUCUGUGCAGAAAAAAACGCAAAUGCGUGUAUAUUCUACAAAGAAAUCUGUCCUGAUUUUCAGCAACACGACUUCCCUGUGAGGUGAGAUUUUCUGGCGUGUACAGUGUGGUAAAGCCUACGGCUUUUUAGCAUGAGCGACAAGGAAUCUCACAACGACGAGGAUGUGCGAAGUCCAAUGUACGCUGCCUUGGCCGUAGCUUUCAUCGCUGUGGUUUUCGGCAUCCCAGUAUGGUGGCUGUCAACAACAACAUACAGAGCUAGUCUCCCUUACCAGGAAAUACAGGAGUUACCGACAAAACAGACUAACUGCCUCAUCCCAGUCACCGUCAUUUCGUGCUUGACUCAGGAAGAAAAACAAGACUUUGACAACUUCCAAGCCGAGCUCAAUGCUUUGUUGCAGUCAGCAGAUCAGAUGUCGUUAUUGAGCAUACAGUACUCCAUCGACUGGAAAUUGUGCUCCUUCAAAGAUCAGGAGGUCCUUGGGACAAGCUCCUCGUUAGCAGAACUUGACAGGAGGCUUAGUACAUCCUCCGAUAUUCCACACGGCCAGGUUACAAUCUACCUCGUUUCACAAGGAUAUAGUCUCCUCAAUUCAACAGACAGCUUUGUCGGGACGGGCAGGGUCGCCGUGGCAACACCGAAAGAUUCUGUUGUUGCAUCCCUCAUCCGGACAAGGUUUGCCAAUGAGGACGCUAUGGCAAGAGUAUAUCUGAAUGCAGCAGGGGCACGACGGCUGGAUAAGGGCUACGAGUUGUCCUUCAGUCUGCUCAACCCUCAGCCAGCCACAUUCAAUGCUCAGUGGAACAUUCAAGAAGCGGUCCAAGCCUACUUGAACCCCUUCCUGCAGAAGCUCUCUGAAUUUGCCGAGUUCACCGUCAACUCCCAGGUGCUCCACUUCACCGGUCUCUCCAUCAAGCCCAAGCACAACGAGGAAGAUGACAGCUACCGUCUAUCCCAGAAUGCAUUGCCACUCAUCAUCAACCCAGUCGAAGCAAAACUUGGGUCCCACGUUUCAACCAAUCCAAGUUUGAACUUUCUUCUCUUCGUCCCUCGAUCGCGGCAUUUACCUCUCUUCAUAACUGACAACAAAGGACAACCGGUGGACACCAAUGCUUUCCUGAGCCCACGCUGGGGCGGCGUCAUGAUCCACAACGUGCCCAAACCCAGCGAGAACGACUCCUUGCCGUUAGCCGUCAAGAUUGACACCCGACGGGCCAUGGAGGUGUUCCUGGCCCAGCUAAGACUGCUUAUCGGAAUCCCACAACAGGCUAUCCAGGACAACGUCAUUUUGGCGGCACCUGAUAAGACUGGCAUUACCGAUUGGGAGUAUGAUGUGCUGUUGAGAGUCCGAACACUUGAGAACCUGGCCACAGCCAGCUCCACCCUGGUGUCUUUGGCUCAGCUGUUGAACCAAAUUGGGAAUAUUGUCAUACGAGACGACAUAGCCAAUCAGGUGUAUCAGGCGGUAUCAGCCAUUAAGCAGGGCCACACCUACCUCCAGCGAGGCAACCUAUACAGGGCUUUCCACGACAGCAAGAGGGCCAUCGCUGCCUCAGAGAAGGCCUUCUUUGACCCCUCACUCCUGGAACUUCUCUACUUCCCAGAUGAUCAGAAAUUUGCCAUCUACAUACCUCUGUUUCUACCCGUCGGCAUUCCAGUCCUGAGUUCAUUUGUCAAGGCCUUGAGGUGGAUGAAGACAAAGAUGAAACCUAAACAAGACUGACCUUUUUAACUCGUAGAUUUUUGUAUCGUGCAUUCUUGGGAAUUGUGCAAGAACAACCCAGGCAGAAGCAGUGUCAUGGAAUUGACAGAAGCUUUGAAUAUCACAACUUCAUAUUAAAAUUAGGAGACAUGAAAUUCCCGCUAGAAGCUUUUGCCUGGUGCACUUGUGUGUGGAAACUUGUGUUCGGUAUCAAUCCUGUAGUGUCAUAUCCUAUCAACGUGAGCCGCAGAUUAACGUCACAGAAUGAGAAGCAGUCAAGCAUUUUAGGUCGAGUGGGGCCCAUCGUUCAGAAGCAGUGUUCUACAAAGUCAACCAGAGUUUCCUCACUCACUGCCGGCAAAAUUUCAACGAUGUUUGUUUUGUCUGUGGACAGCGUUCCAUUUGAAUUUGCUGCAACCCCCUCGCCGCAUUGGGAAUGUGGCCAGCUUUUGCCUGGAGGGGAAGCGGAACAUGCCAUGCUGUGAGGAAUGCCCUUGUUAGCUCCUGAACGGGUUUCUAAGGUCAUAAUUGUGACCUGCUCUGUGAAAACGAGUCUCAAGUCACCGGGGCCACUUUUGAGUUUUACUUUGUAUUAGAUUAUAAAGGAAACCCUAAACGGAGCACGUUGUUUUGAUGUUUACAUUCAGCUUGGUCUGACGAAAAUGAACGCUGUUUAGAUGUUAAAAUGUUGAGGAUUCCUGUUGCUUGAAUGGCGUGCAAGAUUCUUUCAGAGGCCUUGAACUCAAAAGUGGCUCUGGAGACGUGUGACGCAGUUUUGCAGAGCCUGUGACGAUUGUCCUCAAAGACCACCUUCCUGCCAGUGCAACCUAUUGGACCAAGCGUCCCAUAAAUUUUGAAAGAAAAGAUGCAAUCAUCAUUUUCAGGUGUAAGUAAAUAAUUCUUUUGUUGAGACUGUGAAAUAAUGAGAAACGUCUUGCAAUCAAUUACUAAAAGACUGAUUUAUGUAUGUCUAAUUGCAUUGUGAAUGCAUACAUGCACACAGUUUAAUCUUAACAUGUCUGAAGCUGUGGCUGUUUCUGAAGGGAUUACUCAGGUACAAGUCACUUGUACUUUUAAGUAUCCUUGCUUCUUGUUUUGAGAUUCGUAACAAUUGAAGUCAAGGAAUUUAAAAUUUUUCAAAACAUGAUAUGCAUAUAAGGAGUUUCAGAUACUAAUUUUUAAAAAUGCAAAGAAGAUACAUGUGAAAUUUCAUUGUUUCAAUUUUGAAUAAAAUCUACAAUUCACAGGAAUUCCAAAUACGCGACUCCAUUUCAACGUAACAUGACCUUUAGUAUUUGGAAACCGCUCACACUGCACCAAACUCUACAGCAUCGCACACAACUCUUUGGAAAAAAAUGCCUAAUACAGAUUACAUGUGCUUUUUAGGUGCACCAAAAUCUAGUUUGAACUUUGUCUGAGCUUUGUUGAAGUCUGACCAGUUUCAACACUGCUGAUCAAAGUCAGGAAAUGUGAAUCAGUUCACUUGAAAAACAGUCGCAGAGGAGGGAGGAAUAUAGAUAGUCAAGUUAAAAACCAAAAAAAGAGAGGCAAUGUACAACAUUUUACCUCAUCAAUGUAUUACAGAUUAGUGCAACUGUGAAUCCUUCAUCCCAAAAUCUCCCAGUCUGUAACAAGCACCUUGCAUAAUUGGUUUUUUUUCCCAUGUUGCAGGUACCCAAUUCCACCUGUUUUACACACUAUAUGCAAAUGGGCCAUCCUAUGACUUGUGGGUCCAUUUUUCCCAUCCCUGUUCCAUCUGGCUUCUAAUUUUGUGAGUUUAGAACACAUUCUUUGAUUUCUGAGAAUGGCUAAGUACACGCAAUGCAAAUUACCUUCGAAACAAAAAUAAUUUGAAGUCAAUUUCAAUGAUACAUCCCGUCAAAUUACACAGGUCAGGUGCAACAAGGACAGGCAAAUGUCACACACUGGACCCCAAAUUUAUAGAAAUACCCAAAUUUAUCAUUACAAAUGAUAAAUUCCUUUCUUAAAAGUUCAGACUCCUUUGACCACCCAACACCCCUGGGACCUCCCUUAAUCCUCUAACACCCACCCACAGUUGAAGGAACUCAGUGGCAUAUGUAGCUUAAAAGAAAUAGUUUUUCUUAACUCUCCUCAGUUAUCUCUUAAAUCCUCCAAAACCUGGUGGACUUUGAAAGAUUGGGGAGAAUUGACUCUAAUCUUUCUAAUCCAGAUUAUCCGCCCCAAGCUGAAGUGCACACCCAAUCGGCAAAAAGAAAGACGGGUGGUUACAAGCGGGUUCUUGCACACGUUUUGCAUGUUCUCAAAGACCAUAAAAGCUGGUAUAAAUGAGUUAUGCCUACUCAGCGUGCUCCGCGUCAAAACGCUCAUAUACUUGUGUGCCUCAUGGUGCGCCUAUGCAGUGAGUACCAAAAGAAACCACGCCCUCUUUUGUUCUGCUCAGAACAUAUACUUCAAGUACUUUCCCAAUGUAAUUGGUGGCUACAUGUAUUAGUGAAGAGUCCUUCACAAGUCCAGUUAUAAGCACUUUUGCAAGACAAGUCCGAGGUGCUUGGGUACAAAACGGUGACAAAGGAAUGCUUGUGUCGCUGUUCCAUUGAAUGGUUUGUGAUUUGGCUCAACACUCAGUGGCUUGUGAUGUACAUGUACUUGUGACGGGUAUAACAACACUGUCUUUUGUCAACAGAAUAAACAAUGAUGAUAUAAAUCUA